CUUCUCAUUUGACGAUCGAGACUUCCGUGUUCCCUUGGAUUGGAUAUACGCCUCCCCAAUGAAAUUCCUAUUGGACGACAUAUUCAUUCUGAUGGCUUGAUUUGUUAAAUCUAAUUGGAGUCUAAAUUCUGCAUUUGACUUUUCGCUAGAUGUAAUCUCCGCUACAACGCAUUCAUUCCGAGUCGUGUUCUCGCUGCUGCGUUAUGCUACAUUUCCCUGGGCACGGGGCUUUUAUCCUCCUUCUUACUAUGACUUAAACGAGAUACACACGUUUCAGACAAGGUUACGUUUGCGACGUCUUACGUAAGGGUACGUCACGAAUAUGGCGGCGCCCAUGAGUGACAUUUCUCCACUGUGUUAGUAGCUGCAGAGGGAGGACUAAAAACUCGCUUCUUGUAAUGCGCAUGCUCCGCGUUUUAUAACCAGAGACUGCUCUUGUACUGGAUCUGCAUUCUUACAGCACCAGGCAGGGAUCCAUGUUUUUUUCUUUUCAGCACUUGGAGUUCAGUAGCCUGUUUAAGGUGAUAAGCUGAAGUUUUUAGUUCUUCUGAAUCUGCUUGCUACUAGGCCAGAAGAUGCUGCUUUUGAUGACUCUUCGCUCCGGCCUUGCUCAGAGCAAGAUGCAGACUAUACGCUUCAUGCACACGGCAGGCAGACAGAAAACUGGUCCAAACUGGAGAAGCUUUAUUCAGAAGAGAUGUAAAAGCACUGCAGUGUCAGAAAUGGCUGCCCCAGCCAGAGCUGCAGUGGGGUCUUUACCCAAUUCUGCCGCAGAGCGUAUCAUGGGACGUUGGCUACUUGUGUGCAGUGGGAUGGUGGCUGGUGCAGUUAUCCUUGGGGGAGUAACAAGAUUGACAGAAUCUGGGCUUUCCAUGGUGGAUUGGCACCUAAUAAAGGAGAUGAAGCCACCUGCCACUCAAGAGGAAUGGCAAGCAGAAUUUGAGAAAUAUCAGCAAUUCCCGGAAUUCAAAAUAUUGAAUCAUGACAUGACACUAAAUGAAUUCAAGUUCAUCUGGUUCAUGGAAUACUCCCAUCGGAUGUGGGGGCGAGCAGUGGGACUGGCUUACAUUCUUCCAGCUGUCUACUUCUGGAGAAAGGGCUGGUUCAGUCGAGGAAUGAAGGGGCGCGUCCUUGGCCUUUGUGGCUUUGUGUGUUUCCAGGGGCUUCUAGGUUGGUACAUGGUGAAAAGCGGAUUAGAAGAGAAACCCGAAUCCCAUGAUAUUCCUCGUGUUAGUCAGUACCGCCUGGCUGCACAUUUGGGUUCUGCAGUUGUUCUCUACUGUGCAAGUCUUUGGACUGGCCUAUCUCUUCUGCUUCCCAGACAUAAGUUACCAGAAACACGGCACCUUUUGCAACUGAGAAGAUUCACACAUUGGACAACAGGCCUUGUCUUCCUUACUGCUCUCUCAGGUGCCUUUGUGGCUGGACUCGAUGCUGGUCUUGUCUACAAUUCUUUUCCCAAGAUGGGAGACCAAUGGAUCCCAGAUGACCUACUUGCAUUCUCUCCAGCUUUUAAAAACUUCUUUGAAAAUGCCACAACUGUGCAAUUCGAUCACAGAAUCCUUGGGAUUAGUUCCGUGGCUGCCAUCACUGGACUGUACUAUUUUUCCAGGAGAGUUCCACUCCCACGACGAGCUAAGCUGGCAUUAAACUCCUUGAUUGCUGUGGCAUAUUUACAGGUCACUUUGGGUAUAAGCACUCUGCUUUUAUAUGUACCAACUCCAUUAGCAGCUACGCAUCAGUCUGGCUCAUUGGCUCUCCUCAGUAUGGCUAUUUGGCUAAUGAAUGAACUGAGACGACUACCCAAGUAGUGACACAUUUGCUGGAUUGGGGAUUUUCUAAUUUAUCAAUGUAUAUGUAAAUCUCUUGUAACUUUUAUACAUUACAAAAUACAGAUAUAUAAAAAGACACUUACAUUCA